CAGAUUCUCUCGGUCGCAUGAUCCUCAAGUUGCUUAGCGAACAGAAGGCCGCGCAGAUUCUCCAAGACUCCAAUCAAUAACUACUCCGAACGACCACGACUCAACACCUUGCCUUUUGACACUUGUUCUAUCACGAUAAUUUUUGACCGAGUCUGUCGUGAUUAGUACCAAUGCACACCUGCCUGCGGAUCCCAGAGAUGUUGAAAGCUAUAUUCGCGGAACUGAUGCCGGUCACAGAGAGCGGUGUUCAACCAUCAUUUGCCACUCUGUACCACCUGGCAUUGACGUGUCGAGCUUUCCGAGAGCUAGCACUGGACGCCCUAUGGGCGCAUAUUCAAACACCAGAUAUGCUUGUCAUGUGGCUGCCUCAGGAUGCUCGUUCUCAACCCGCAACAUUCACCGCGAGGGGUCGCACAAUAAUAGAUAUCUCUGGGCACAGUCUGCGGCUUCUCCGACCCUUGGUCGACGACGAUUGGACUACUUUUCAAAAGUAUGCGUGUCGCGUGCGCUCACUCACUUUUGAAAAAUAUGAUGACUGCAAAACUCGUAAGCUGUACGAUAGCGCUGCGCUUGCUCUCCUGGGCUCUCCUGCUUCACCAUUCUCCCCGUUUCCUCUGCUUCGCGAGCUAUACUGGAAUGACCAGCGCGAUGUGCUUCUGCCUUGCCUCCAGCGCUGUAUUUCCAACUCCCUCACUCGACUAGUCAUUCAUUCGGAGCUUUGGCCAUCAGCAAUGAUCGAUCUCAUCGCAGGCCUGGGAAAGGCUUGUCCUAUGAUCAAAGAAUUUCGUUGCUCGAUGCCGCCCGCUAGUGCAUGUGCCAUGCUUUCUGAUAUCGUCACCUGCUGGGAUAAUUUGGAGAUCUUAGAGACGGGAGCAGUGAAUGCGCAAGCAUUGCAGCAUCUUGCGUCCCUGAAGAAGCUGAGAGAGCUGAAGAUGCUCGUACCAGAAGGUCACAGCCUGCAAGUGGACCCGGCAUCGACGUUCAGCGUCAAGUUUUCGUUGGACGAGUUCAGUAUAACUGCUGCAAGGAUCGAGCUACUGGUCGCUUUUUUGGCACCUUUGAAAAUUUCUGCGAAGAGCGCGAAUCUGCAAAUCAACACAGCUUCGAAUGCGGGUGAUCUCGACCAACUACUUUCCUCCCUUACUGAGCAUUUCCAACCCAAUGUUUAAAAUCAUUGUAUGUUUGGGUGAAUCGCCCCACCGAUUUCGACGAUCAUUCCUUUUUCGAACUGACUACUUCCGCCUUCCGAAAUAUCCGGACCUUUACAGGGCUCACCAAUCUCGAUCUCAGUUCAAUGCAUGUCUCUAUCACCGACGACGAAGUUCUAGACCUUGUUUCCGCUUGGCCGGAAAUGGAAUGUCUUUACCUUGACUCAGCCUGGGACUGGGGGAUUUCCUUCAUGGGAGUGACAUUUGGUGGGCUUGCGGGUAUCCUCGAGCGCUGUCCAAAUUUGCGCUCCCUAGGGGUCAACCUAGACACCUUUCCCCCCUACGACUCACCUGUCCACGUCGAUAACCAAAAUACUGGCAUUACCAGGGAGAAAUUCACUGACCUCAGUGUUGGGCAUGCGGCAU